GUCCCCGUCUACCAGUCCAGUACCCUACCAGUGCCCGAAACCUCCCCCCAAAAGAGCUGGUAACCUAGCGCGUUCUGCCGCAACCCAACAACGCAGAGGAGAUCCAUGGCUGGCCGGAGCAACCGCCGCCGCCGCCGCCGCCGGCGCGCUAAGGCGGAGGCGGAGGCGGAGGCGGAGGUAUUAAUUGCUGCCGACUCUCCCUGUAAGGCAUCACCCUCCUCCGGGUCCUCUGGAACAUCCUCCGACCACGUCGUCCAGCGCAAAAUCCCUCUUUCGAAGCUGAAGGAUUCAUCGCCCAAGGUGGAAGCGGAGGUAUUAAUUGUCGCCAACUCUCCACCCUCCUCCGGUUCCUCUGGAACAUCCUCCGACCGCGUCGUCCAGCGCAAAAUCCCUCUUUCGAAGCUGAGGGAUUCAUCGCCCAAGGAGGAAGAGGAGGACCCGAGGAGGAUACUGCGGCGGAGUCUGCUGGGCCAGAUCCGCGGCUACUACCUCGACGCCAUCUCUCGCUUGCCCACCGCCGACCUCACUACUACCCUAGCGCGCGGCCUGCUCAUCGCUGGUCACUGCUACGGCCCUCUCCACCCUGUCCACAACAUCCUCCUCAACGCCGUUUGGCACUCCUCCGCUUUCCCCCUGCGCUCCGGCGACCGGAUCGAUGUGCCCGUCAUCUGCAACCGUACCAUAACCUACCUCGCCCAGCGCUCUCUUGAUGGACUGGUCGCUUCCCUUCGCUAUCACUGUGCUGGCCUCUCCCACGACGACGCCCUUUGGCACCUCAAUCUCUCCCGUGCCGACCUCCGUGCUGCCGUUGCAUCCGCACGCGGCGCUGCACCGUCAUUGUUCCGUCCGGCGGAAUUGGAUGUCAAAGCGGCCUUUCAGGUGGCUGCCAAGACGGCGCGGCAUCCUAAACCUGCAGCCUUCGCGCUCUUUGCUUCUUCUGUGAUUCCUUCUGUGGAACGUGACGCUGUCUCGCUGCUCAACAACAAACGCAGGCUUUCCUCAGCUGACAUUUUGUGCCUCUCCACUAUGUUGCUGCCUUCUCCACUACCAGAUGAGCUGCCACAUCCUCCUCUUCAAGAUCGGUGCAGGAAGGCCUUUGAAAUCAUCACUAGAAAGAGGAAACUUUUCAUAAUAUGGUAUGAACGAUGGGUUAAAAUAGCGGAUGCAGCGUUGCGCAAGUAUGCCCAGCAAACCGGGUCACACUACCAGCUUCAUAUCAUCUAUGGCACAGGUACCCUGAAGGAUGAAUUCAAUUUGGAUAGAUCUUUCCAUAUCAAUUUCAUGGCGUGGCCAAAGGAUGAUCCUUCUUCUACUAGAGAAGCUCCUGUGUUUUUCUUUGCGGAAGCAGUUCAGGGGUCUGACCCUGACUUUCGUGAAGAGGACAUCACCUUGUGUUGUACAGUACAGCCAUCACCAAGUGAAGUUGAUAGUUGCCAUUCUUGUCUGACCAAAAAGUUUAGAAUCGAUCACUCGGAUGAUUCUGAGAACUUUGGUGGUGGGCAGUACUACAAGAUGGAUGGAAGCGGCUCAGACCUUGACUGCCCUGUCAUACUUGAUGUUGACUACAGGUGUUUCGAUCCUGAAAGAGACAUUGAUAUCGUGGAGUACUUGGAUCAAGAUUUUACCCGUUACAUAUCCUCUUCACCCUGCCAUCGUCAUCAGAAAAAUGCCCGCGAUGAAAAUAUUUUAGAUUAUUGCAGCGGAAUCAUGUGACCUGCCAUGGUUGUAAUUUGAGGGUUGUUCUUUGCCUACAUGGUCGUUAUGUAUGAACGUUAUCAAACUAGAUUCUGUUAUAUUAUUAUUGUUGUUGUUUCGUAACAAUGUGUGACUGUUGAUUUUUGCUUAAAACGUGAACAGUGUUGUUCAAUUGCUAGAUUUGUUACACAUUGUUACAUGUAUUUUCAGAUAUUUUUUUUCCAUA